AUGGGCGAGACCAUGGCGGGCUGCCCUCGCAUCUACUUCUCAAGGUGGGUGUCGCUGGCAGCUGGCGUCUACCUCAUGAUCCUGUCGGGGAGCAUCUACAUGUUCGCCGUCUACUCCAGCGACCUGAAGCAGAUCUUCGGCUACUCGACCGAGGAGAUCAACCUGGUGGGCACCCUGGGCAACGUCGGCACCUGGGCGGGCGUGCUGGGCGGUUUGUGGCUCGACUACUUCGGACCACGUUCGUCAUGCCUGUUCGGCGGACUGAUGAACUUUGCCGGGUACUUCUUGCUGUACCUGGCGGCUAAAGACUACUUUCCGACCAAUGCCAUCGGCAUCGGCAUCUUUGCUGCGAUCAUGGGCCAGGGCGGCAGUUGGGUCUACAACGCCGCGCUCAAAGUCAACACCCAGAACUUCCGUGCCGAGGAUCGGUUCUACGCGCCCGACGUGCUCGGAUUCCUCCUGUUCCUCGCCAUCAUGCUGGGCUCCGCGAGCAUCGGUAUCGGCAUGCUCGUCAACACCGUGCCCACGCCCUUUGCACCCGAGGUUUUCACUACGCCCGCCCAGAAUGCGGAAGUGGGGUUGAUGAGCCGAGUCAAGUUCGUCUACGCCAUCGGCAUCGCCUUGGCCGUCUUCAACGGAGCAUCCUCUAUCGUCACAGGGACGACGGAUGUGUCGCCGCUUCCGUUUGCCGUCGUAAUGCUGGCCCUGCUGGCCACCUUCUUGUUGGUGCCGGUCUACACUGGCCCGCUGUUCUCCAUUCAGCGGCCCGCGGCGCGCCUGUCGCUGGCAUCGGACCCGGACGCGGCUCGCCACGCCGACGGCUCGAUCAACGCCGCGCUCGUGUCGAACGGCGACGGCGACAACGACGUCGGUGAUGAUGAGAAGAGCGCGCAGCCGCAGGCGGAGGUCGACCAGAACUCCGACCUCGAAGAUUUCACGCUCAUCCAGACGCUCCUGCAGGUCGACUUCUGGUUGCUCUUCUUCAUCUUCUUCGCCAUCAUCGGUGCCGGCAUCACCCUGGUCAACAACUUCGCCGAGCUGGUCUUCUCCAUCGUCGACGUCGACCAAUCGAUCGUGUAUCACAGAGAAGACGUGCCCGGCUUCAAAACCAUCAACACCCUGGUGUCCCUCUUCUCUUCGUUCAACACGCUGGGGCGCAUGCUGGUCGGGUUCCUCUCGGAUUGGGUCACCGCGCGCUGGGGCAAGACUGCCCGCGUGUCGUUCCUCGUGCUGGCGUCGGCGCUGAUGGGCCUGGUGCAGCUCUACUUCGCGUUCGCCGUCUACGUGCCCAUGCUCUACCCGGGCGUCAUCUUCCUCGGCCUCGCCUACGGGGCCACCUUCUGCAUCGUUCCCACACUCGCACUUGAAUUCUUCGGCUUCAAGUACUUUGCGUCCAACUAUGGUAUUAUGGGACUGGCUCCGGCUGUGGGCAGCGAGGUUCUUGCUACGCUCCUGGCGGGCAAACUCAACGACUACUUCCGCAAGGACGGCGAAUUCGUCACCACCGACUCAGCCGGCAACAAGACCAGCCACUGCAACAACUCGCACUGCUAUCGAUACACCUUCUUCAUUACGGCCUUUGUCUGUGCGGUCUCGGUGGUGGUCUCGUUGUGGGUGUGGAAGCGACGAAGGGACGCCGAGCGGCGGAAACACGCCCACGACCAAUACUUGGCGCCUACUACCGAUGGCGAAGAUGCGUUCCCUGUCAAGAUUGUAGAAUCUUGGUAG